AAGAAGAAGAAGAAGAGAACAGAAUAGAAGAAGAAGAAGACAAUAAAAACAGCCGGAGCUUAGAAGAUCAAAGUCUCGUUAUCAAAGACAUUUGUUGGUGUCCCUUUAAGCAAUGAUGUUGCACGGCUUCAGGAGCAGCAAGCAGGAUUUCACGUUUGGAUCAUGGAAGGUGACCGCAGCCAAAAACCACAUCAUGAAGUCUAAAGACGUUGAACGGUUAUCAGAUGAACUCAACAUGCCUUCACUUCCUGAGAUGAUGUUUGGCGAUAACGUCCUGCGGAUCCAGCAUAUGGACGGCUACGGCAUUGAAUUCAAUGCCAUUGAUGCUCUUAAGCGAGUCAACAAUAUGGAAGACACUGUGAAGGUAGCCUGUGCUCAAGAAUGGCAGGAGAGCAGAGCCGAUUCUGAACACUCCAAAGAAGUGCUGAGGCCUUUUGACUGGACGUUUACCACAGACUACAGAGGAACCCUGCUAGGAGAAGAUGUCCAGAUGAAGGCUGCUAGCACAGAGGAGCACAUCGACAUAGAGAAGCUGAAAGCACGGGAACACAUCAUGUUCUAUGAUGAGGUUUUGCUCUUUGAAGAUGAGCUUCAUGACCACGGCGUCUCAACAAUAAGUGUCAAAAUUAGGGUGAUGCCAUCCAGUUUCUUCCUAUUGCAGCGUUUCUUCCUACGUGUGGACGGAGUCAUGAUUAGAAUAAACGAUACCCGACUUUAUUAUGAGAACGUUCCUGUGGCCUUCUACACGGAUCCCAAUGAGAUGGCUCAGCAUCUAACCAUAAGGCUGACGGAAUGUGAGAAACUGGAGCUUCCUGACGUUCAAAAUGAAACCUCCGUCAAUGAUGAUGACCAAUAACUGUGAAACUUUGAUGUUACACUUGUUGUAGUCUUAGUCUGUUAAAAGAAGUGGUGGAAAGUUUUCCCACCCGUCCAGGAAUUGUACAGUUGCAGGUUUUAUAUUAGACGGCGUGAGAAAGAUGGCUUAGGUUACCAGGAUGGCUUCAAAACGACAGGAUGGCUUUUAAAUCUGUGGAGACAUGAAACCUGUUCAAAUGAACUCUGAAUGUUUCAGAAUGAGGAUAUUAAAAGUUUGUCUAACUUGGUUUUGUAUUAAGGUUGGCUCUGUUUGUUUUUCCUACAUGGUGGGAAUAAUUUUCUGUUAACCUUUGGGUUUUGAGAUUAUU